AUGGUCCAAUUUCUGUCUCUAACCAGCUCAGCCUUGAUUCUUUUGGUUGCAUGUGCAAGCGCUUCUAAAUCCAAGUCUGGUGUUGAUCUUCUAACCUGGGAUGCUGCCUACGUCAAAGCAAACAAGCUUGUCAGCCAAAUGUCGCUCAAGCAGAAAGUUGAUGUCUCUACUGGUGUAGGAUGGGGUGUUGGCGCUUGCGUUGGUAAUACCUAUCCUGUUACCAACCCCGAUUUCCCAGCCCUUUGCUUACAGGAUGCCCCUCUUGGAGUCCGUGGUGUAGCCAACACUACUUCUGGCGUGUCUGGUAUCAAUGCAGCCGCUUCGUUUGACAAGAAGGCCAUACGUGAGCGUGGCGAGUACAUGGGCAAGGAGUUCCGUGGAAAGGGUGUUCACGUUCAGCUUGGUCCAGCCAUGAACAUGAUGCGAAACCCUAAAGGUGGUCGUGGAUGGGAAUCUUUUGGUGAAGAUCCAUUCCUUUCUGGCGUUGCUGCCUCUGAAACCAUUCUAGGUAUUCAGAGCCAGGGUGUUACUGCCACUGCCAAGCAUUAUAUUGCUAACGAUCAAGAAGUUAACAGAAACUAUGCCUCGUCUAAUUUGGACGACAGAACAUUGCACGAAGUUUACCUUUGGCCUUUCGCUCGCAGUGUUGAAGCUGGUGUUGGCUCUGUUAUGUGCUCUUACAACAAAGUCAACGAGGUGUAUGCCUGUGAGAAUGACGUGACUCUCAAUAAGGUCCUUAAGGAAGAACUAGGUUUCCGUGGCUUCGUUCAGAGUGACUGGGCCGGUACCCACUCCACUGAGAGUACAGUCAAGGGUCUUGAUAUGACUAUGCCUGGCGACAUUACCUUUAACUCAAAUGACUCAUACUUUGGAAAGAAUUUGACUGACGCCGUUGAGGCUGGCACUGUAAGCGAAGAGCGCGUCACUGAUAUGACUCUUCGUAUUGUUGCUACUUGGUAUAAGCAUCGUCAGGACGAGAACUACCCCGAGGUCUCUUUCGAUUACUUCCGCCCAGAGCUUACCAAGUUUGUCGAUGUUCAGGAAGACCAUCACAUUCUCGUCCGCGAGAUGGGCGGUGCUUCCACUGUUCUUCUUCGCAACAAAGAUAACACACUUCCCCUGAAGAGUUCUACAAAAUCGAUCGCUCUUAUUGGUAGCGAUGCUGGACCCAACCCUUGGGGCUUCGACAGCUGUGUUGAUCAGGGCUGCAGUAACGGUACACUCGCCCAAGGAUGGGGAUCUGGAACUGCUAUAUACCCUUACUUGAUCACUCCUUUGGAUGGAAUUUCCUCCCGUGCUGGAAAGGGAGUCAAGGUUGUCUCUAGUCUCGAUGACUUUGACCUUACCAAGGCUGCUGAGACCGCCAAGGGCGCCGAUAUUGCUUUUGUAUUUUCCAAUGCUGAUUCCGGAGAAGAAUAUAUUGAUGUCGAUGGAAAUAUUGGUGAUCGUAAAAAUAUGACUUUGUGGCACAAUGGUGACAACUUGAUCACUGCUGUUGCUGAUGCUAACAAGAACACAGUUGUUGUUAUCCACUCUGUUGGUGCUGUUCUUAUGCCAUGGAUCAACCAUCCCAACAUCAAGGCCGUCGUCUGGCCUGGUCUCCCUGGUCAGGAAUCUGGAAACUCUCUGGCUGAUGUCUUAUUUGGUGAUGUCAAUCCUUCUGGUCGUCUCCCUUACACUAUCGCCAAGGAAGAGAGUGACUACCCUGUUCCAAUCGAUAGCGAUCUUGAAGUCGAUUAUACUGAGAAGCUUGAGAUUGGUCACCGCUGGUUCGAUCAAAAUAACAUUGAGCCUCUUUUCGAGUUCGGAUUCGGUCUUUCUUACACCAACUUCAAGUACAGUGGGCUUUCUGUCAAGGUUUCCAAUAAGAAGACCUUGAAGGUCGAGGCUUCACUGUCUGUCCGUAACACUGGUGGAGUUGAUGGUGCCGAAGUUGUCCAGGCUUAUAUUGAAUUCCCUGAAUCUGCCAAUGAGCCUCCCAAGAUCCUCCGUGGUUUCGAAAAGGUUUCCAUCAAGAAGAACAAGACCAGCAAGGUUAGCUUUGAAUUCACCAAGACUGAGCUUAGCAUCUGGGAUGUUGAUAGCCAGACUUGGGUUGUUCCCAGCGGAAAGUUCACUUUGCAUAUCGGCGCUAGUAGCCGUGAUAUUCGCCAAACUGCUACCUUUGUGCUCUAAAUUCCCCUUUUUUCUCAAUUUCCACUUUAUUUUGAGAGCCAGCUCUAUUCAUAUUUAAUUUAUUGUGCUUUGCAAGCAGAACAUUGGGCAACAACACGUUAUUGGCUUGUCAUUAUUUCUUAAAAAUCUUAAUAGUAAUAAAAAACAAACGUGCUUAUAUAUAUAUCUAAAUAAAUAUCUGUAUUAAGUAAU